AUGGGCAACAUACUUGACAGCAAGCAAUUCAAGAAAGUCGACUCGAGAAAGGGAUUCCAGAGAAUCCAAUUGUAUAAUACAACCUACCAUGGACAAAAGAUCGAACAUCUGGCCAACGUGUGGCUCUCCGCCCAUGGUGUUCCAGGUCAAGAAGAGUUCGUGCAGAACAUCGACAUAUACACAGAAGAAAGACGCAACAUACCAUCCAUCAAGGAUCAAGAAGGCCCCGCGUUGAUUUACAUCUCAGCGGGCGCAUGGUUUACUCAUCCUCACGUUUUCACAUCGUGGAACAAGACCAACGCGGCUGACCCCUGGGACAAGCGCUAUGAACUUUUCAGAAAUCAUGUCGUCAGUCUUAAUAAGUUCAUUGGCGAAAACAUCCCGGAUUAUGACCCCUUCAUAGCCCCAAUGGAUCUCUACGACGGUAUCGGCAAUCUGAUUCUAUACGCGACGCCAGCUGGACCGCGAUAUCUGGGUGAUGACCCUACUCAACAGGUAGAUAGAGGCUGA